GUAGGAAUUGUAGGAAGAACAGGGGCAGGAAAAUCUUCACUUAUUGCAGCUUUAUUUAGAUUGGCUCCUAUAGAGGGUGUUAUAAACAUCGAUGGAAUCGACACCAAAGACCUGAAGAUGGAAGAUUUGCGUUCAAAAAUUUCCAUAAUUCCCCAGGACCCAGUAUUAUUCUCAGGAACUUUGAGAUAUAAUUUAGAUCCUUUCGACCAAUAUUCCGACGAAGUGCUCUACAGAGCCAUUGAUGCAGUGGAACUCAAGGAUCCUGCUAAUGUUGUGAAUAGGCUGGAAAAUAGGGUGAUGGAUAGAGGGGCAAAUUACAGCGUGGGACAGAGACAGCUGAUAUGUUUAGCAAGAGCUAUUAUUAGAAAUAACAAGAUUCUAAUGCUGGAUGAAGCUACUGCCAAUGUUGAUCCUCAAACUGACGCUUUGAUCCAAAAAACAAUCCGCAGGAAAUUCGCCCAUUGCACAGUACUAACGGUGGCUCAUAGAUUGAAUACGAUUAUGGACUCAGAUAAAGUUCUAGUCAUGGAUGGUGGUACUAUGGUUGAGUUUGACCAUCCACAUAUUCUUCUGCAGAAUAAAAAUGGAGUAUUUCACAAAAUGGUAGCAGAAUCCGGCAGAAGUAUGAGCGAGCAACUGAGAAAAAUAGCUAGAGAGAGUUAUCAGAGACAUCUGUCAGUUCCUGAAUGAAAAUUUCAUGAUUGCCCAUUGAAUUUCAGUGAAAAUAGUUAGUGAUGUUCUGAAUUAUAAGUAAGAUAAGUCCAAUAACAAAAAAAAAAAUAGUUUCUGUUCAGUAAAAAAUAUAAUGUGAAAAAAUAGAGAGAUUUUAGAAAAUGUUAUGGAUAUGUCAAUAAGCAGAAUGACUUUUCUUUAUAGGAACUGAAGUACAAUGGGAUUCAUUUUUGUAGACAAAACUGUUUGGGAAGAAUCGGUACUUACGCUAAUUAUGAUACUAGUAUUUCAAUACUAGUACUACUAUACUAGUAUUGAGAUAAAAUAAUAUUAGUAUAAUCUUCAAUAUAAGCUGCAAUUUAUAUUGAGUCCCGUUGAAUACCAAACUCAGAGAUCGGUGCUCAACUGUUUUUUAUUGUUCAAUUAUUUUGGAGUAAUUUUUUGAAAGAAUUCAAUAUUUUGUAUAUAAAAUAUUUUCCCACAGUGAAAUGUACUUCAGGAAAUUAAUAUUUAUUGAGUACGACUGUAAUUUCAUAAGAAUAAAAAUGAAAUAAAUGAAAUAUAUAUUCUGAAA